GAAGACUUGAUCCGUUCCUACGGUCGAGUCUACCAUCUCGACUCUCGACACCAGAUCUUCUGCCAGUGGGAAUACCGGGCGAACACAUUUAUCACACUUAGUCUAGGAGAGCAAUCACCAGUCGCAGUCGCAUAUAUGGGUGACUUCGUCCAAUCUGGUCACAUCUGGACGGUUCAAACGCUCAUCAUGAUUCAUGCCGACGUCGGUCAUUUCAUGAGGCGGCCGCCGCUACAACCAUACCCCACAAAUGCCAUUUGGUGCUAAGUGCAUCAGUCAUCCACUUAGCACCUGCUUACACAGACCGAUAUCCAUUUUUCUUUAUAGUCCAAGAGGUCCUUCAGGUUGGGCUUGUGCCCUACCGUGAUGUCAGCGUUGACAAGGAUAUCCGAGUCUGGCUCAUUUACCCAGCCCAACGACGAUGCUGCUACCAUAAAAACCGACGUGUCUGCUUCACAAGAUGCCGAGGGUGAUCCACACCUCGUCGUCCUCGAGCCGCAGGAUAAUCCGCAGAAUAUGUCCUUGUUCAGACGGUGGCUUGCAGUCCUAAUCAUCAGUUCCGCCUCUCUAUGCGUGACGUGUGAUUCUUCGAUUGCUGCCUUCACAGAACAGGGUGCCGCCCAAACGUUUCAUGUCUCACAUGAAGUGACCAUUCUCGGAAUUAGUCUGUAUGUGAUAGGCCUCGGAUUUGGUCCGCUCCUCGUUGGCCCGUUGUCCGAAUUGUAUGGCCGAAAUGUUGUAUACCAAGCAUCUUAUGUGUUUUUCUUCAUCUUCACAUUCCCUGUAGUGUUCGCUCCUAACAUCGCUGUUUUCUUGGUCUUUCGCCUUAUCACUGGAUUCUGCGGAUCAGCCUUUUUGAGUGUAGCUGGAGGUAGUAUAAGCGAUAUGUUUCCGAAUUCGAGUAUUGCAAGUCCAAUGGCUGUGUAUACAAUAUCUCCAUUUAUCGGACCCGUGGCUGGUCCUUUGAUUGCUGGAUUCAUCAAUCAGCACCUAUACUGGGAAUGGACGUAUCGAGUGCAAUUAUGCUGGAUUUUUGUAGAGUUGCUGAUGUUGGCUACAUUUGUUCCUGAGACGUACGUCCCAGUAAUCCUGAAGAAGAAGGCAAAAAGACUACGGGAGUCGACUGGAGAUUCGAAAUUUUACGCUCCUUUGGACAGACGGGAAGGCAGCCUCGCUUCUGCUAUCAUUGUUAGUUGCUACACACCGUUUCAAUUACUUCUAUUCGACCGAAUGGCACUGCUCUUGGAUUCCUGGAAUGCUCUUCUUCUUGGAAUCCUAUACUUGGCAUUCCAAGCAUUCCCUAUCAUUUUCGGAGAUAUUCAUGGAUUUAAUAUGCAAACCACCGGACUAACGUUCAUUGGAAUUGGACUCGGGAUGCUUUCGGCCAUUUCCACACAACCGCUCUGGAACAGACUAUAUGCCCGUGAAACUGCCAAAUACAAUGGUGACCCACCUCCUGAGAUGAGGCUUAUUAUGGGUCAAGUUGGAGCUAUACUCGUGCCAGUGGGUUUGUUCUGGCUUGCGUUCACUACAUAUCCACAAGUCCACUGGAUUGCCCCAAUCAUCGCAUCUGUACCUUUCGGCUCAGGGAUAUAUUUUGUUUUCACGUCAACGUUCACGUACCUUGUCACCGCCUACCGCCCAAUCGCUGCCUCUGCCAUGGCAAGUAACAGCGCAAUGCGAUCAGCAUUUGCCGCUGCAUUUCCGCUAUUCGCCGGAGCCAUGUAUGAUAGACUAGGGACUGUUGGCGCUACCGCUCUUUUGGCCGGCCUCGCAACGCUCAUGGCGCCAUUACCAUUCAUAUUUUACCGAAUUGGCGCGCGAUUGCGGAAGAGUUCCCGUUUCGCAGCACAUUAAUCCUGUUACUCAUAAUGCGACCUAUAGAUGUUAAUAUUGUAAAACACUAAAGCUUUAACGCGACGCCAACCUAAUUUAUGAAUUGACAUAUCCGCAGCGGUGGCAUUUUAUAAGUGUCGCCGUGCCAGAGAUAGAUAGGAACUCCCAAGAAACCAAGAUGGAACGACGCAUCAUACAUAACUCCAGAUCCGGCAGCCGGCUAUCUUGUCAGGAGAAAAGAAACCAGACGAGCACAGCGCACAACGUUUCCGUCCGGCGUCAAUGCUGCAGUGCCUGUCGGUAUCAGCUCCUCAAAUAAAACUCCGCUACAGCAGACUCGGCUUGGCAUGACAGCAAGACGUGAUUUUUGGCUCUGUCACACCUCAACAAGGAUCUCAAUCAUUUCUCGAAAUAUCCAACUUCGCAAUUGUAGUGUAUUACAAGUGUACAAUGAUACGCCGUCAAGCAGGAU